AUGUCAACGGAUGUGCAUUGUGUUGACGAUACAUGCUUAUUUAUAUUAUUGAUCAACGACACCUCAUCGAGCAUCGAAAUAUAUCGUGCUAGUCAGUUAGACAAAGACAGUGUUUUUACGCUGCCGCAUAUUUUGUAUAUGUACACAACUACUGAUCUUCGCCAAAUGGCAAAACUGUUUUUACCUGAUUAUGUUAACUUCAUAAAUGCUAACAAUGAAUAUCUUAUCAUAGCGACAAGAAAUCGUCGUCUAUUAACCUUGAUUAUUUCAGAUCCAAAUGAUCUAGAACUGCCGAAGAAAACAGAAGCUUUAUUAAGCAGAUUAUCGCACGAAAAAUUAGUAAGAAUAGUAAACGACGGAAAUGUCGAAGCUGCAGCUUGUGCAGCGCUUCGAUUGAAUAGAACGCAAGAUCCAGUUGACAGAACAUCGGGCGUAUGGUUAGAUCGAUGUCAACCACGAUUUACCUGUGAGUUUAUGAUACCAUAUGCUUCCCACGACGAAUGUGCAGAGAAUUUAAAUGCUGUGUUAGGGAGUACAACUGCAGAUAUGAGCAAGUUCUAUACUACGAUCAGUUCUGAGGCCGCCAAUGGCUUUGACUUACCCAAAGGAAGAUCAGGAUACUGUCAAAUGUCAAAAACCUGCACUAUUCAAUAG